AUGAAAAUACUUAUAAAUAAUUAGAUAAUAAUAAUGAGUAAAGAUAAUAAAAUAUAACAGAAAUAAUACUAGAAAAUAUUGAUUUUGAUGAAUUUAAGCUAAUUAUUUUACUAAAAGAUGUUUUUAAAGAUAUUUAGGAAUAAUUUAUAAUCGAAAUAUUAGAUUUAAUUUAAACAAAGCCUAAUCAAAAACUAGGAUUUAAAGAGCUUUUUUUAUUUAUAGUAUAUUCAGCUUCAGUUAUUUCGAAUUAAUAAUUAGAAUUUUUAAAUAUUUAUGGUUAGCUUAUUUUCAAUAUUUUAUCAAACGAUAGUUAAUAAAUGUAUGGUUGUAGAUUAAGAUAAAUCACAAAAGUUUUUGGUUUUACUGAAAAAAAAUACUUAAUGCAUUUAAAUUAAUAAAUAUUAGUUUAAAUAUUCAAUAUAAAUUUGA